CUCGUCCUCUCAUUUGCUUCUGUUCUCCCGUCGGACCCGGGCUGUUCGCAACAUCAUCGACGAACUGGUUUCUAGACUUGACUGUCCGCCCGCGCCUUCCCCAAUCCAACAAACACGCCCGACUUGAACAAUGUCUGGCAUUCACUACUCCGUCGUCGUCCCCGCAUACAGGGAGAACGGCAACUUACGUCCGCUUGUGACACGCAUCUUUGGCGCGCUGUCCCAGGCGGGCUCCCCCGUCAGCCCGCACGAGGUCGAAGUCAUCGUCGUAGAUGACAACUCGCGAGACGGUUCUGUCGAGACCGUCGACGACCUCCGGCGCGAGGGCUACAACGUCCGCAUCAUCGUGCGGACAACGGAGCGCGGCCUCAGUAGCGCGGUGGUCCGCGGCUUCAGAGAGGCGCAGGGCGACAACAUGUUGUGCAUGGACGCGGACUUGCAGCACCCCCCUGAAUACGUCCCCGCCAUGCUCGCCUCCAUGUCACCUACGAAGCAGUUCGCGCUUGGAACGCGGUACGCGAAGGGCGUCGCGAUCGACGAAGGCUGGCCGCUCUACCGUCGCGUCAUCUCUAACGGCGCGCGCCUGCUCGCGCUCCCUCUCACGUCCGCAAGCGACCCCAUGUCAGGUUUCUUCGGAAUCCGCAAGGAAACGUUCUUGAAGGCGCGCAAUCUGAACUCUGACGGGUUCAAGAUCGCGCUCGACCUCCUCGUGAAAUGCAACAUUCCCGCCAAGGCGAUCGCGGAGGUGCCGUUCUCUUUCGGCGUGCGCGCCGAAGGCGAGUCAAAACUUACGGGCAAGGUCAUGAUCCGCUACCUCGAGCAGCUCGCGGAGCUGUACUGGUACCGCCACAGCGGCCUCGUCAUAUUCCUCGCGAUCUUCUUGUUCGUGCUGUUCGUGUUCUUCGCGCAGACGCUCCUGAGCUGGUACGGCGGGUUCGACGACCAGUCGCAGGGCAGGUACUGAACGAUGUGCCCGUGUUUCCGUCAGGAGGGUUGGGUGAGGGAUGCGAUUGUUGAAACUCCAUUAGAUCAGUUGGAUGUUCGGAGGGUGUAUUGUCCCUGGUCGAUGUGUGUACCGAUACGAGUAACGUUAUUGCCUGUUCUUUCUCCGCGUCAUCCAGUUUCUGUCGACGUUUCAC